UGGCCGGCCAGGAGGAGGAGAAAAAAGGGAGGGGGCGUGGCUGAGGGGGGUGGGUCUGGGCCUGGAGAGUGAAAGCGAAAGCUGGGGCUGCUAGCCCAGGCUCGAGAGCUGACAAGUGGGGGGAAGCAUGGCCAAGCCUUGUGGGGUCCGCUUGAGUGGAGAAGCCCGAAAACAGGUGGAUGUCUUCAGACAAAAUCUUUUCCAGGAGGCUGAUGACUUCCUCUGCACUUUCUUGCCACGGAAAAUCAUCUCCCUGAGUCAGCUCUUGCAGGAGGACUCCCUCAAUGUGGCCGACCUCUCCUCCCUCCGGGCUCCUCUGGACAUCCCUAUCCCAGAUCCUCCACCCAAGGAUGACGAGAUGGAAACAGACAAGCAGGAGAAGAAGGAAGUCCCUAAGUGUGGCUACCUCCCGGGGAACGAGAAGCUUCUGGCCUUGCUUGCUUUGGUUAAGCCAGAAGUCUGGACUCUCAAAGAGAAGUGCAUUCUGGUAAUCACGUGGAUCCAGCACCUGAUCCCCAAGAUUGAGGAUGGAAAUGAUUUUGGGGUAGCAAUUCAGGAGAAGGUGCUGGAGAGAGUGAAUGCUGUCAAGACCAAAGUAGAAGCUUUCCAGACAACCAUUUCCAAGUACUUCUCAGAACGAGGGGAUGCUGUAGCCAAGGCUUCCAAGGACACCCAUGUAAUGGAUUACCGGGCCUUGGUGCAUGAGCGAGAUGAAGCAGCCUAUGGGGCGCUUAGGACCAUGGUGCUGGACCUGAGGGCCUUCUAUGCUGAGCUUUAUCAUAUCAUCAGCAGCAACCUAGAGAAAAUCGUCAACCCGAAGGGUGAAGAAAAACCAUCGAUGUACUGAGCUAAGGAUUAGAAGGAAAAUAAAUGAUUUAUACUUUAUGUAUAUUA